GUAUCUUUCAAGUUAUGAUGUGCAUACGAAACAGAAAACUGAGAAGGGGGUUUAUUAUUACUAUGGAUUUAAAACCAGUAGGGCACCGCUUCGAGUUAAAUACCACGCAUGCGCAGAAGCCGGUGAUCCGAGUCGUUCUUUUCCCUAUAUAUUCUAUUAAGAGCGACCCUGGUCACCAGCGACCGCCACCACGGUUACACCGGUGAAAAUGACAUAUCGCCCCGUAGCGAACCAGGGAAAAUCUCAGAGGACAUUUUUUCGCUGGCUUGUUAUCUGCGCGACGGAGUUGGCGUAAAAAAAAGUUAUCGUUGGCCAGUUGUUGCGUCGGCUGCCAUAUGCGUCCUGUCCACGGUUUAACGAGAUGGUACAGUCAGUGAACCACUUGCUGAAAGAAAAGUUAUCGGACGUACAAGGGAUUGUGUUUUGGCCACACCGUGGAUUCUGGGAGUCCCUGUCAUACAUCGGCCCAGAUGGAGUACACCUGCUAUGUACUCAAGCCAAUGAUCAGCCCAUGAGGAAGUUUCUGCGGAGUAUACGCAACGCCAUAAUUAUUAACGCCAAAGAUCUCAGGCCAGUAUAAACACAUCAAAAAUUAAAUGCAAACUUGAGUUAUUUUAGGCCUUGCCUAUGUAGGCCAUGGGUGUUAUUGGUGUUUGAAACACUUUAAAAAAGCAUUCUUCAAUAUCUUCAAAGAAACAUUGGGUAUAAUGUUUAUUUACAUAAUUACAAAGAAGCAGUCGGUAUACUGUUUCAUUAUUAUUAGGAACAUUCAGUAUAAUGUUUACAUAUUACCAAGAAGCAUGCACUAUAAUGUUUCAUUAUUGCAAGGAAACAUUCAGUAUAAUGUUUUCAGAAUUAACAAGAAGCAUUCAGUAUAAGGUUUACAUAAUUACCAGGAAGCAUUCAGUAUAAUGUUUCAUUAUUGCAAGGAAACAUUCAGUAUAAUGUUUACAUAAUUACCAAGAUGCAUUCAGUAUAAUGUUUCAUUAUUGCAAGGAAACAUUCAGUAUAAUGUUUACUAAUUACCAAGAAGCAUUCAGUAUAAUGUUUACAUAAUUACCAGGAAGCAUUCAGUAUAAUGUUUCAUUAUUGCAAGGAAACAUUCAGUAUAAUGUUUACAUACUUACCCAGAAACAUUCAGUAUAAUGUUUACAUAAUUACCAGGAAGCAUUCAGUAUAAUGUGUCAUUAUUGCACGGAAACAUUUAGUGUGUGGUUGCAGAGUUAUAUAGAUAUAAACUAUAUAUCUGUCUAUAUUUUAAAGUAGCAGCAGGGCAGAGUGCAAGGCCUGUGCUAUAGAGAUACAUAAAAUGCAAUGUCUAUUACACUGAGAGGCAUUUUAGUAUGAUAUUCCAUUGUUAUCAAUUAAUAUGAGUAUGAUUUAAAAUUAGGAAAAGGUUAGCGGUAUGACGCUACUAUUACUACAUAUUUCCCUGACACCUACUUAUGGUACUAUAUUUAUAUUCUUUGAUAACUAAAAACAGCCUCCAGAUUUGGCAUUUAGUUUCUUUCUAUCAAGUUAUAUUAUCUAUAUAUUAUUGUGCCUAGAGGUGUUCUUUGGGCUAUUGAAUUUCAGUCAAAUUCAGUUAUCAUGAACAAUAGCCCUUGUUGCGAUGUACAAGUCCAUUUUAUUAUACAGGCGAACUGUUUAUAUCUAUGCUGGAUGUCAUGUGGUAUACUGUUUGGUGUUUACAGUAGUAUUAGUUUGCCAACUUUCUCACUCAUCAAGUUUGUUGGAAGUUGACAUGCCCCUUUUUCCUUGAUGCCCAGAUUUACUGUGGUUAAUUAUGUUUUAGCAAACAUGCCAAAGGGCAAAGCCACUUCGAGGAAGCGACCAGCUUCACCCCGGCCCGCUCCAAAGAAGUCCAGUCGUCACAGUGUAGCACCACACAACCCGUCUGUGGAACAAGAGCCUGCAGAGUUGACACCCACCAUAGACUAUGAAAAACUGGCGAGACACAUCGUCCAGGAGCAGGCACGGGCCCAAAAUGCAAACGUUCCCCCAGAACAGACGUCUCCCAAUUCACGACACCAAAUGGAUGGGACUUGCGAGGACAUACCCACCACUUCCAACCAAGCCAUUUCGAGUGACAAUGUCACCACCAUCCUUGACGCAGUAUUUCAGGGCAGCUCGGCAGCUAGCACCGUAUCUGGAGGAAUGUCAGAUACCCAUUCCACACUCUCUUCUGCACAUUUAGCACAUGGGGCACGGACACUUUUAUCUGCAUCCUUGGCAUUAUCAACUCAAUUAGCGUACCGGCGAUCAUGGCAACUCCUGCAUACAUUUCAAGGUCAGAGAGCUUUACCCUUGCGUGUGGUUGACAUAUGCAACUUUAUAGCCCACUUGCAUGCAUCCCAUUUCAGUGCAAGUACAAUUUCUUCCCAUAUUUCUGCCAUAGGCUAUGUACACAAGAUACUUGUAUUACCGGACCCUACACAGAUGUUUAUUGUGAAAAAGAUACUAAGGGGUUGUCACAGGUUGUCUCCCACAGUGGAUUCACGCCUGCCAAUUACCAGAGAUAUCUUGCUUCAGAUUAUCAAGGCUAUACCCCACACCAUUUCUGUUUUGGAUUAUCGUAUCAUGUUAGAAGCCCUUUUCUCUAUUUGUUUUCAUGCUUUCCUUAGACUUGGUGAGGUCACAGUAAAACAAGGCAUUACAUCAGAUAAAGUCAUUCACCUUCAAGAUGUAGAGUUUCAAUACAAUGGCUCAACUCCCUCUAGAGUGGAAUUAGUAUUGCGCUAUUUCAAAACCCAAAAAAUGAAUAAGCCUGUCACAAUUUGUGUAGAGGGCUCCCCCACACUGGACCAUUGCCCAGUCAAAACAUUACACCGUUAUCUGUCGCAUUCAGGUCAUACAUCUGGUCCACUUUUUCAAUAUAGAGAUGGUUCUCCGAUUACGUACAAUUAUGUUUCCAAAGAACUUUCAAACAUCAUUAAGUAUGUGGGUCUCAAUCCUGCACUAUACAAAGGUCACAGUUUUCGCAUUGGGACAGCAACAUAUGCAGCACAAAAAGGGUACUCGGAGAAUUAUAUCCAACAAUUAGGUCGCUGGAACUCUAAUGCCUUGAAACGCUAUAUUCGCAUACCUACACUUUCUCUUUGAUCACUUCACCUCUCCUGAAUCAGCUCAUUCGUUGGUGAAGUUCAAAUAUUUUAUGCAGGUCAGUGUUUAACUGCUGCAUCAAGUUGUUGGCUUAUUUCACUCAUUGGCUGUACCCGGUAUCUUUCUAUACAGGCCCAUUUUUCACCAUAUAUAACUUUUACCAAAAAUGCCAGUGUCCUACUUCCCAAAAAAUGGGGUUUACCAUACACGUCAGUGUUUAAGUGUCGCAAUUAUGAGGUCAUUAUGCAGGGCAGUGUUUAACCGCUGCAACAACGGGGGUUACCAUGCAGGUCAGUGUUUAACUGCUGCAACAAUGGGGUCACCAUGCAGGUCAGUGUUUAACUGCUGCAACAAUGGGGUCACCAUGCAGGUCAGUGUUUAACUGCUGCAACAACGGGGUUACCAUGCAGGUCAGUGUUUAACUGCUGCAACAAUGGGGUCACCAUGCAGGUCAGUGUUUAACUGCUGCAACAAUGGGGUCACCAUGCAGGUCAGUGUUUAACUGCUGCAACAACGGGGUUACCAUGCAGGUCAGUGUUUAUCUGCUGCAACAACGGGGUUACCAUGCAGGUCAGUGUUUAACUGCUGUGGAAAAAAACCCAAUCCAUUUCCCUUCCCACUUUAAAGUACCUGUUUUAGGCAUAUUUGCGUGCUGACUCACCAACAGGGUCCAACCGAAAUAUUCAUUAAUUACCUCCGUUAUGGUUGAAUUGUAGUUAGGUUUUUCACAACGUCUUAUGUAUAUAAAUGUUUGAAUUUGUUACACAAUUUACAAGACAGCUCACCUUGGAUGGCUCUGAAUAUGAUUUGUUAAGGGCUGUUCCAUUAAAACAUAUGAGGUACCCGGGGACGGCAAUUAAAAAAAAUCUAUGGGUGCUUGUCAUUGGUACAAAAUUGCAUAUAUGGUGGGUACCUACUGCCUGAAAACUGCAUCUGUGGGUGGUUGUUUUGAUAAAAUCUUUAUUUUUUACCGAAACUGAGAGGAAUGCAACAAGAGAAGGGAAGGGUUGAAAGUAGAAUGUGAAACAAACGCUGUUUUCUGUCUUCAUUUUAUCUCGGUCAAUGAGGUUCCGCGAUCCGGUUAUCGUUUCCAGUUUGACUCUAAAAUUAUAGCGACCGGAAAUUAGGAUUAUCUCCCUUGUCCAAAAUGGAAAACGAAACGUGCGCGUGCUCGUGGUCCAUUGAAACGGUUUUUGACUUUUUCUAGCUGCAAUAAUGUAGCCCUAUCCAAUUUUUUUUUAUUCUGACGUUUUCGGGAUGAGGCUACAAUUCCAUAGGAUCUCCGUAAUGGUGCAAAAUAAUUUUAUGAAUAACCGAUAAUAAACUCUGCACUGUGCAGUGUUUAGUCCCAAAUGUUGUUUACACCAAAAGGAGUAGAAUCUACCAACUUUGUGCUCGGGCAUGUCUAAUAAAGGUGUUUUUCAUUAAAUAUAUUGUAUAGCAUGCAAAAUUCUUCGUCUGCUCCGCCAUGCUUGUUAUCGCGAAAUCUCGUAGGUGGAUCUAAUGAAAAAGCUAAACAUUGACAAUCGGCGCGAAAAUGUAGUUACUUGAGCCACUUCGACAAAGAAAGGAAAAAUCAUAUUGUUGCAGAAAGAAUUUACACUCUGUUGUUCGGUUUUUAACUUUAUAUUAAAUUCAAACCUUUUCAAUACCGACGAAAUAGCUUUCGCCUCCAUACUUGUCCAUUAAUGUAAAUACUACUUUAUAUGACAUAUGCAAAUGACUUGACAAUCGGAAGUUGAAACUUCAGUACAUCAAGCAUGGCGCACAAAUAUGAAUCGAGAAAUUGGAAUUUAUCGAAAUUGUUGAAAACGGUAGAAUAGAGCCUCACAAAUCUUAAGUUGCAGGUUGUAAAUUUAUAUAUUGACUAAGAAACAGAAUAUCAUUUUAUUUAUGUAAAGAGACCCAUUUUCUUGUUUUUUAAUACUCAAAAUACUAGUCAAUUUUAAAACUUUUAAUAGUUGUUUUUGAACAUUUACAAUACUAGACUUUUUAUGAACAGGUAGACUUAUAAAAUUAAUUUAGUUCAUCAUGUUUAAGAAAGACAUGCAGUCUUGAUAAAAUAAAUUGAUGGUUCUAUGAUCAAGCUUCAUUGAUGGCCAGUUAUUUGAAUGGUGAUGACACCCAAGAUACUCUUCUCUUUACUAUCAUGCUUGGGAACAUCUGAAAAUAGACCUCUAUUCAGGGGUUAUAAAUAGUCAUUCAUACAUAUUGAAUUUAAAGAAAAAGUGUAUUUCAAAUUUAUUUCACUUCUAUGGGUGGUGCCGCACUAUUUAAAAUUGCUUCUGUGAGUGGUCCCUCAUUACAUUUUUAUGCUUCUAUGGGUGGUUACCCAAAUUUUAAAGUGCCUUCCCCGGGUACCUCAUAUAUUUUAAUGGAACAGCCCUAAUCAUAUCUUUGGCCCUUUUUGUUCGCCAUCUUUUUGCUUGUUGUACACUUUGGAACAAGUUUCCAAGGUCUGUAUUUUAACUAGUCAUUGUUUGUUAUUUGUGAUAAUCAUGUAUGGGGAAAAUCAGGACAGAUGUGUUGAAAUCCUAUGUAAUUACAUUGUAUGUAUCUACUGAUUUUCCCCUGUUUGAACUGGUCAGUACCAUAUUUAUUUGUGAAAUUAUCUAUAUGGGGGAAAUCAGAAAUGAUGGGUUGAUAUAUUGUGCAAGAUUAUGACAGUGUUCGUGGAUCGCUGAUUUCCCCCCUUCUUUGUAUGAACCUUUAUCUUCGUCAUUUGUUGUCUAAAAUAAAUGACAUAUUUCAUUCUCA